UAUCACUUGUCUAAACUUUGCUGUUUAAGCUCUAUCUUUUCAUCAUCUCUUUUAUCUUCAUUGACUUUUUCUUUGCUCUCUCCCUUUUCCUUUUCUGACUCCUCUCCAUGCAGAUCGGCAUCAGCUCGACUCUUCCCGCUCAAAACUUGCACGUCUUUCAAGCCAGACGGGCAAGUUUCAAGUGCGAAAAAUCACCUCUAAACCCUUUAACAAAACCUCAUGCAUCUUCUCAAAAGCCUGUUUCAUCAGCAUCAUCAUCGACUGAAUUGACUCGGCAACACCUUUCCAACCUCGAAAAACUCCUCCAGAAAACGAACCAAGCCGACCAAGAACAAGUUAUCAAAGCCCCCACGAAUGGAUCAAUCGAAAACAAAGGAAAGGUUUUACUCGAAGGGCUUAAUCUUUCCAGGAUUUGGCCUGAAAAAGCCGCUGAAGAGAUGUCCCCACGUCAUUUAAAUAGGCUUCAGAGGCUUUUAUCGAAAACCAUGGAAUAUUCACCGAGGAACAACCUUGCUUCUCGUUGGAGAGAGUACCACGGUUGCAAUGAUUGGUCAGGUUUGCUUGACCCGCUCGAUGAAAAUCUAAGGCGAGAAGUGGUUAGAUAUGGGGAAUUUGUUCAAGCUGCCUACCAUGGUUUUCAUUCCAACCCCGCCAUGUCAACCGACGAGGCUCCUUUACCAAGGCACGUGGCGUUGCCUGAUAGGUCUUACAAGGUGACCAAAAGUCUUUACGCCACCUCGUCUGUCCGGUUACCGAAGUGGGUAGACGACUUGGCUCCCAAUCUCGGGUGGAUGACCCAACGGUCUAGUUGGAUCGGAUUCGUAGCGGUUUGUGAUGACAGAAGGGAGAUACAACGCAUGGGAAGGAGAGAUAUUGUUAUUGCUUUACGGGGAACCUCUACGUGCUUGGAAUGGGCUGAAAAUUUUAGAGCCCAACUGGUUCAGAUUCCUGAAUCGGAUCACCCAACCCAAAAGGUUGAAUGUGGGUUCUUGAGCUUACACAAAACACCGGGCGCUCACGUGCCUAGCUUGGCUGAAUCAGUGGUUGAAGAAGUGCAAAGGUUGAUUGAGAUGUACAAAGGUGAGAGCCUUAGCAUUACAAUCACAGGGCAUAGCCUUGGUGCAGCAUUAUCACUUUUAGUUGCCGAUGAAAUAAGUUCAUGUGCGCCUCAAGUGCCGCCAAUCGCUGUUUUUUCUUUCGGAGGGCCUCGAGUUGGUAAUAAAGGUUUCGUCCAGCGACUUAAUGAAAAAAAUGUUAAAGUGUUACGAAUUGUGAACAAUCAAGAUUUGAUCACUAGGGUUCCGGGUGUAUUUAUUAACGGCGAAGGAUCGAAACACCAACAACAAGAAGAAGAUCAACGAGAAGAACAAAGAAAUGAAAGUUUUGUGAGCGUAUUUAAUAUGCUUGAUAACAAUAAUCUAUGGGCAUAUUCCCAUGUUGGAGUAGAACUACGGGUCGAUACUAAGAUGUCACCCUACUUAAAGCCGAAUGCUGAUGUGGCAUGUUGUCAUGAUUUGGAGGCUUACCUACAUUUGGUGGAUGGAUUCUUGUCAUCUAAUUGCCCAUUUAGGUCAAAUGCCAAGAGAAGUUUAGUGAAGUUGCUUCAUGAUCAAAGAUCAAAUGUGAAACAAUUGUAUACUCACAAGGCCUUGAGUUUGAACGUUGAAAGGGAUAGGUGUAGCAUCCCUAUGCCUAGUUGUUUGCCUAGUCCAUCUCGAUAAUUAGCUAAGCAUAUCAAUAGUUAAAAAUAGAAAGAAAAAAAGUUAAAAAAAGAUUGAGAAAAACUUGCACAUAUAUACUUCAAAUCAAUGAGGUGUCCAU